AUGGCGACAGCCAAUGCGCGCAAACAGCACGAGAAUUCAAACGUUUUCAUGCCGAAGCCUGGCGCCGCUGGCAACAGGAGGCGGUCAGCCCACGGACCUGCCAAAAGGCCCGUGACGAGGCCUCUCCCACCUGGUCGCACUUCCACUGGAGGCGUCCAGCAGUCUACCUCUAUCAAUAAAGAUAAAUAUACUAGUCAUAAUAAUGUAAAUGGCCAACCGCCACCUGAGCCGUUUCUCGGUCCAGGGCCUGGGUAUCAUGGGCCUGCGCCUGCGCCUGUUGCUCAGAUGACCGCGCCCGGUGACGAGGCACGUGAUGCCGAAGUAGCUACUCUUAGCCAACAGCUUAAAAAUCUCCCAAGCAGCCUGACGCCUGCCGUGGUGAGCGACAGUGAAGCCUCAUCGUCAGAGCCUGGUGAGGUAGCAGAGAUUCAGGAGUCGCUGCCUCAACAGCCGCUUCCGCAAUCUGUUCAACCUGCUGUGCCUUCCACCCAGCCCUCUGCUGUACCGUCGAUUGACUUGGGCGAGAGAACUCGACGUGCUGCUGCUGUUAAAGCUGGUCAGCAAAUCGAGGAGCUCGAAGCUUCUCUCAACCGGCCUCUCUCGCAGACGGAGGCCGAGUAUUUCAAGAAGGUCUACGAAAUCGAAGCUCGCCGUUCCCAGGAGGAUUCGCUCUUCGUGAGAGGAACCACAGAAGACCAUUUUUCGGACCAAGACAUUGCCGACGAUGAGGACGAGCCUGAGUCGACCCCACCAAGCCCGGUCGUUGCCAACAAGACAACUCCCGCCAGAAAGCGGCCGUCUCCAGAACCCGAAGUCUCUGAUGGAGCCAAGAAGCAGAAGACGUUCUCCACAGACUUUCGCACCAGAGCCUACGAUCGACUCAAGCCUGAGGGCAAAAUUCAAAGAGAUGCACUGCUCUACACGAUCCGCAAGAAUUGGGGACCACGCUGGGAGGCAGAGCUCUCUCAAGACCUAUGGCUGAUCGAUUCGAAGACCAAGAGGCCCCAGAACCCCAAGAACUGGGGAAACCCAGCGCUUGAGAGGAUCAUUCAACUAUCAGCUCUGACCCCCAAGGCGCCCGGUAGAGCUGCUUCGGCUCUCAAAGAGGCUAUUGCUAGACGCACCUCGACUGGUCAGGGAUCUCGACGAUUGGAGCGGGUCGAAGACGUUGAAGUUGCAAAGCAGCUUGUGGCCCAGAACGAUCCACAGGUUGGAAGAGCACCACCGCCUUCACCACCACUUGAGAAUGCGACGCUUGGAGACGUCCUCCGAGCUUCUGCAUCUUCCACUGCGACUCUCGACCACGAAACACCAAGUCGUGGUUCCGCUCGUCGCACCAGUGGUUCAACAAGCGCAAACAUCUCCCCAGCACGCCAGACCGUGGCCGGAGCAUCGUCCUCACCACAAGUCAAACAAGAGUCCGACGAAGCCCCAUUCAGCCCCAAGUCUCCACGCCUCAAUCAACCACGCAAAGUCUACGCCGUCGCGGAGCUCUUCAAGCUGGACAUCGACACGCUCGAGAAGGCCUACCGCAACAGCAUAGCCCAAUGGUCGCAGGUUGAGCGCGAGAUGGCGAGACGUCGGUCAGGCAACAACAAUCUCGUGCCGCUAAACCGAGAGCUGUCAAAGCUGAAUAGCGAAGCGCUGUUCCAGCUGUACCAAGAGUCGUAUGAGCAGAAACUGUUGCUCGUGCAGGAAUUACAGGGACGUACGCCGGAGGUGCUUGGUGCGGACUCGUCUGUGCCCAUGGUGCUUGACGACUAG